AUGGUUGAUCAAAUUGAGUCAUGUUCGCCUAAUACGUUGGUACAAUGUCGAAUAUGUCACGAUGAAGAUGAAGACUUAAACAUGGAUACACCUUGUUCUUGUUCUGGUACAUUGCAGUAUGCUCAUAGAAUAUGUGUGCAAAGAUGGUGCAAUGAGAAAGGUGAUACUACUUGUGAGAUUUGCCAACAGCAAUUUAAAGGCUACACUGCUCCUCAAGCUCCUUUGUUUCACUAUAGGGGCAACUGGGAAAUUCCAAGAGUUGGUUUCAAUAAUCAUCAGUUCAUAGCAUUGUUUCCUGCUAAUCAUGAAUUUCUAGACUUUAAUUUUGAAUAUUCAGCUCCCUCUACAAGGAGCCGCGUGUUCAUUCACAUUGUUGCCAUCAUUUCAGGAAACAACAUCAGUGAGAAGGCUUAUGAGGAUGGAAGAACAAUGGUGGAGAGUAAGACAGCAGACCUGAGAUCUCAAAUCAGGCGAAAAGGUGACACAAACCAAGCUUCAAGUAUAAGGAAUCCAUGGCAGCAAUCAGAUCAGACACAGUCUCAUUCUAAUCAUGAAACACAACUUAAGCAAUCCCGAGACGUGGCAUUGGCAACAGCAGCAAAAGCAAAAUUACUUCUUCGUGAGCUAAAAACCGUUAAAGCGGAUUUAGCAUUUGCUAAAGCGCGCUGUGCUCAACUUGAAGAAGAAAAUAAAUUACUCAGGGAACGAGAAGGAAGCGAUAAGGGACUUAUCCGUGAUGAUGAUGAUCUGGUUGGUUUGGAAAACUCCUUCAUUACAAAUAUUCGACAUUGUAUUAACAUCACACAAUCCAAUGUUGAUUCAUAUUAUGAUGCUAAACCCAGCUUUACACAGAUCUUGGUAAUCUCAUCUAUUGGGUUGAUAUUUUUCAUAGCAUUGCGUUAUCAUCUCAAAAAGAUUCGAGAUCAAAAGAUCAUUUCGCGUUUAAGAUUAUCGCGUGCAGGUCACCCCCCAAAGCUUGAAAGAUUCUCUCAUUACGUAUCUAGGCAAAUGGGGUUCAAGGAUAGGAGAAUCGGUCCUGAUAUAUGUAGAUUGGCUUCUGAAUACAUAAGCAAAUAUGAAGGGUUUGAAGAUGAUAUAUAUGCCUAUUUUGAGAAUGAACCAGAUGCUGAUUCACUUUAUGUCAAGUUGGUGGAAGAGUUUGAGAGAUGCAUUCUUAGUUACUUUGGAUUUCAUUGGAACCAUUGUGACAUAUUGAUAAGUCAGGUUUUGAGCUCGGACAUUUCUGAGCCAAAAAAGAAGCUAAAGAACAUAGUUAUGGCUGCUACUAGGGAUCAAAGGUUCGAGAGAGUUUCCAAGAGUCUGAAGGUGGCUAGUGUUUUUAAUACAUUAGUGGAAGAGAUGAAAGCGAUGGGUAUUGCAGUAAACGAUGACUCUCAAUGUACUCACAGUGAUAGGAGCCCGGUCCUUCUUCUAAUGGGGGGAGGUAUGGGAGCUGGCAAGAGCACUGUACUCAAGGAUAUUCUCAAAGAACCUUUCUGGGCAGGAGCAUCAGGAAAUGCCGUAGUCAUUGAAGCAGAUGCCUUCAAAGAAUUAGAUGUCAUCUACAGGGCACUUCGCUCAACAGGUCAUCAUGACAUGAUUCGAACAGCCGAAUUGGCGGAAAGAAAAAACACAGCUUUUGUAGAUGUGUCUCCAGAAGAAACUGUGCAGAAGAAUGCUUUUGAAAGAUUUAAAGAUGUUGAUGAAUCAAGUUCAUUCAAGGAAGCCUGUGCUCUAGCUGAAGCUUCUCAAAAUGGAGCUCCUUUUAACCAAGGUUUUGGUAAUUCACCCGGUUCUCUAUCUGCACGUAAGAUUGAAGAAGCUGAAGCACAGUGUGCUUUGUUGAACUCUGAAUCAUUAUGCGAUGGAUGUUUCAGUUCAGAUUCAGAUAUAUUUCUCUUUGGUGCAAGGAGAGUGUACAGGGAAAUCUGCCUUGGAGAUGGUGGAUAUGUUGUAUGUUAUGAGAUGGCAGAGAUUGAAAAUAAACUUGGAUUGGGACGGGAUUCAUUGAUUGCUCUCUCUUUGCUUCUCGGCAGUGACUAUCAUCAAGGAGUUCAUGGUUUAGGUCCGGAGUUAGCUUGUCAGAUAGUAAAAUCAAUUGGGGAGAAAGAUGUUCUAAAAAAAUUUGCUUCUGAAGGACUUGGAUGGGUGAAAAAAAGAAAAGGAGCUAAAAAUAAUAUAGGAAAGGACGAUACCAUUUUACAAGUGAUUGAUGCUUAUUUGAAGCCAAAAUGCCACUCAGCUGAUUCAGACUUUGUGCUCAAGGCUCAUUCUCAGUAUCCAUUUCAACGUACUAAGCUCCAUCAUAUAUGCGCUGUAUACUUCGAAUGGCCUUCGGAGAGAACAGAUGGAUAUAUCCUUCCAUGUAUAGCCGAAAGGGAUUUACGACGAUUUGCCAAUUUGCGAUCAACUUCGUCUGAACUUGGGUUGAACCUUCCUUUACAUGAGGGAUUGGAAUCACCCGCUGAUGGUAGACGUUCAUCUGAGUCUAGCUACCGUAUUGGAGAUAAUGGAACUUCAGGGGGGACAAAUUAG